UUUUUUCAAAAAAAUUUUCAGAAAAAAUUUUUUCGAAAUGGAUCAAAUUCUCGCUCUCUCUCGUCUUUCCAUAUUUUCUACUACAAAACCUAAAUUUGAUGUUAAUGGAGCCUUGACGACUCGAAGGGAGCAAAUUACAAUUUUAAUAAACAAACAAAUUGAAGAUUUUGAGGCUAUUGGUUUUGAUGAUCGCGAAAUUGAAAAAAAGAUUGAUAAGACGAUUCAGGCACAUCGUGAUAAAUUGCAAAAUAUUUCAAAUGAUGAAGGUAAACGUAAACUUGUUGGCGAAUGUAAACAUAAAGUCAAAAAAAUUGAUGAAGGUAAACAUAAUUUUUUAUUUUAUAAAGUUUAAUCAAACGAGACCGGGUUUUCUGAAGAGUUUUUGAAAAAAUUUCUGUAAAAAAAAUUUUUUUGAUUUUUUUCUGAAAAUUAAAGUAAUUUUCUAAAAUCUUUCCAAAAAUCAAAUCAAAAACAUAGUUAAAAAGCGGGAGGCUCAAAAAAGACUGAAUUCUGCGGAGCUCGGAUCCAGUUUCAAAAUUUUCUUCCGGGUAUAUAUCAGGGAUGGGACGGGUUGAGAAAAAGUCG